GUUGCCUCAAGCGUAAUUCAGCAUCCUGAAAAUGAAGGCCUUCGCUGGACUUAUCCUGGUGCUAGGCGCUCUGGUGGCAUCCACCUUGGCAGCUUCCCUAGACAUGUCCGAAAUCCACAAUCAGAACCAGUUAUUGGGAACUUCUGCUAGCUCAGGGAAAACUCGCGAAUCAAAUCUCAUCGAUCCCAAUGCCAUGGCCAAGGGAAAGACGGGGCCCGAGGAGGAGAAGAACGCCCAGUUCUGGUAUGACCUUGCAUACGAGGAGAUCGCCAAGCGUCUAGAGCAACCCCAACUGGACAAGAGGAAGGCCAAGAAUGUGAUCCUCUUCCUUGGUGACGGCAUGUCCCUGUCCACGGUGGCAGCAGCUCGCAUUCACAAAGGUCAGCUGAAGGGCAAUCCAGGCGAGGAGGAUUCUCUCAGCUUCGAGAAGUUCCCCUACACUGGCCUAAGCAGGACCUACUGCUCCAAUGCCCAGGUUCCCGACUCUGCCUGCACUGCCACCGCCUACUUGUGCGGUGUGAAGACCAAUAUUGUGGCUCUGGGAAUAACGGCUGCCGUGACCUUCAACAACUGCACUGGCAGUGAAGAUCCCACCAACCAGGUAGACUCCAUUGCUGCUUGGGCCCAGGCUGCCGGAAAGUCCACUGGAAUCGUUACCACCACCACGCUGACCCAUGCCAGUCCGUCGGGCGCUUAUGCCAAGACCACCAACCGAUUCUUUGAGAGCGACACGGAUAUCUUGACCUACGGAGAGGGCGAGAGUGAUCCGGCCACCUGCACUGACAUUGCCACCCAGCUGAUCACCCAGUCUCCCGGCAAGAACUUCGAUGUGAUGCUUGGCGGUGGAAUCGGUAAGUUCCUGCCCAAUACCAUUACGGAUCCGUUCAACAAGAAGGGCGAGCGCUCCGACGGAGUGAAUCUGCUGUCCCGCUGGCAGGGUCUGCAUCCUGGCGGAGUUUUGGCCUACAAUCGCGACCAGCUGCUGAGUGUAAAUGCCUCGAGGAUCACUAAUUUGAUUGGCACCUUCCGUUCGGGAGUUAUGAGCUUCAACAAGUUGGCCGAUCCCAAGGAGGAGCCCACUCUGGCGGAGAUGACGCGUAAAGCCAUUGAGAUGGUCAGCAAAAACGAUGACGGCUACUUCCUUUUUGUCGAGGGUGGACUGAUCGAUUACGGCAACCACUUUAACUCCCCAACCCAUGCCCUGGAAGAGACUCUGGAGCUCGAGAAGGCGGUUCUGGAGGCUUUGGGUCUAACCAAUCCCGAGGAGACACUUAUCGUAGUUACCUCCGACCACGCUCAUCCGUUGACCAUCGCCGGUUAUCCUGGCAGGGGUACCCCCAUCCUGGGACUCAAUCAGGAUGACACCGACAUAAAUGGCAUCAAGUACGCCACUCUGAACUAUGCAGUGGGAACCAAUCAGUAUCUGGAUGACAAAGGCCAGCGCAUUGAUCUCACAGAUCAAAUUGGAGCCGAAGACUUUAUCCAUCCCAGCUACAUCCAUGGCACCAUCGGUGUCCACGCUGGCGAGGACGUGGGAAUCUUUGCCACUGGCCCCCAAAGCCACCUCUUCACCGGAAUGAUGCAGCAGAGCACCAUUCCCCACCUGAUGGCCUACGCCUCGUGCAUCGGCAAGGGGCCCACUCUCUGUGACAAUUGAAGGGAAUAGAAUUCCAAUGAAUAUUAAUAAUUUAGAGUAUUUGAAGAGCA